AAGAUGAACAAGACAUUAGCAUCACAUGGCUAUAAUACAUAAGAUUAUUAAAAAAAAUCUUCUAAGUCAUUCAUCAGAUUUAAAAAUGGUUGAAGAAUUGCCUAAAGCUUGUUGGUUAGUUGCUGCCAUCAUGUUUGCAGCGGCCACUGUGGUUUACGGGCAACAAGAGCCGUGUUUCUUCGUCUUUGGAGACUCAAUGUCCGAUAAUGGCAACAAUAAUAACUUGAAAUCCGAGGCAAAAGUCAACUUUUCACCUUAUGGUAUUGACUUUCCCCAAGGCCCGACCGGCCGUUUUUCCAAUGGCCGCACUAUCCCCGAUAUUAUCGCUGAACUAUCGGGUUUUAAGGAUUUCAUACCGCCAUUCGCUGGAGCAUCACCGGGACAAGCUCACACCGGGAUGAACUACGCUUCCGGUGGAAGUGGACUUCGUGAAGAAACAAGCGAACACUUGGGAGAUAGAAUCAGUAUAAGAAAGCAACUACAAAAUCACAAGACGGCGAUAACGAAAGCGAAUGUACCAGCAGAAAGACUGCAACAAUGUCUCUACACAAUCAACAUCGGAAGCAACGAUUACAUCAACAAUUACUUCAUGUCAAAGCCGUACAACACUAAACGACGCUACACUCCUAAACAAUACGCAUAUUCUCUCAUUAUUAUUUACCGCUCUCACUUAAAGAAUUUGUACCGUCUAGGAGCGAGGAAGGUGGCAGUUUUCGGACUUAGUCAGAUUGGCUGCACACCAAAGAUAAUGAAGUCACACAGUGACGGUAAAAUCUGUUCCCGUGAAGUGAACGAAGCAGUGAAGAUUUUUAAUAAGAACCUUGACGACCUUGUCAUGGAUUUCAAUAAAAAGGUCAGAGGUGCAAAGUUUACCUUUGUCGAUCUUUUCUCCGGUGGAGAUCCCCUAGCCUUCAAAUUUCUAGGAUUUAAGGUUGGAGACAAGAGUUGUUGCACAGUAAACCCGGGGGAAGAACUUUGUGUCCCAAACCAGCCAGUUUGUGAAAACAGAACUGAAUAUGUCUUUUGGGAUGAUCUUCACAGCUCGGAAGCCACCAAUAUGGUAGUCGCGAAGGGCUCGUUCGACGGAAUCAUAACUAAACCGUAUAGCAUCGCCCAGCUUGUGAAGGAAUAGAGGCUAGACCCUACACAUAGACAUGAAAAAUGAUGACAUUUUGAUUUUAGUAGAUCUUUAACAGGGAAAAUAAAUGUGUAUAUAUAUAUUCAAUGAACGACAAAUUUUGUG